AUCAAGGAAUCAAUUACAGUUGGUGUUAUUGGCCUGCCUAAUGUUGGUAAGAGUAGUCUCAUUAAUAGCUUAAAGAGAUCCCAUGUUGUCACUUGUCAAUGUUGGUUCUACUCCUCGCUUAACAAGAUCUAUGCAAGAGGUUCAGUUAUACAAGAAUGUAAAAUUGUUAGACUGCCCUGGUGUUGUGAUGAUUAGAUUUGGAGCAAAUGAUGCAUCUAUAACUCUUCGUAAUUGCAAAAGAAUCGAGAAGUUGGAUGACCCGACUGGUCCAGUGAAGGAGAUUCUAAGGCGUUGCCCACCCAGCAUGUUGGUAACUUUGUACAAGCUCCCUAGCUUUGACUCGGUCGAUGACUUCCUUCAAGAAGUGGCUAUUGUUAGGGGUAAGCUGAAAAAGGGUGGUGUUGUGGAUGUGGAAGCUGCUGAAAGAAUUGUUCUGCAUGACUGGAAUCAGGGUAUGUGUUAGGCAUUUAUGGUUUAUGUGCCCUGAGAAUAUGCAAACAAACAAAGGGAUAACAAGAAAAGCAAAUUGUAAUAUAUAAAGAUGCAAAGUGAUGUUAAUAAUUUGGGUGUUAGAGGUGUUGAGUUUGAUUCUCAGA